GAUGUGCCGACAGAGGGCCGAAAGCAAUAUGUUUCUAUUGACAUUCGACAAAACAUAACCUCUUUACGAUUUAAUUUGAACGAAAUUCUUAAUACGGAUCGCAAACUAAGUAUAUUUGUUUCUAAUUUGGACUGAAGAAGGUGAAAAAAAUGUCAGCCACAGCAAUAAUAUCAAGAACCGCAAGAUUAGCAGCAAAAAGAUCCGCAGUUUUUGCAGAACGAAAAGCAGCGGUGAACAAAACAUUUGUGUUGGGAAGAUGUGUGCCGAGUGUAAAACAGAAUGCGGCCAAAAUUUGUGUUACUCAAUUAAUUCUAAAUGACAAAUACAAUGCCUAUUUUGAGGAGAGUGUUUCUGUGUUUGCCUACGAUCCGGAAAAGAAAGUCAAAACUGGUGAUAUUGUUUUGGUUCGUGAAAUGCCAGAGAAAAAGACAACACUGAUCACUCAUUCCAUUGAGAAAAUUGUGUACAAAUUGGGUGAUAUGACUGAUCCGAUAUCGAAUAAAUCAGUUGUGGCUGAUCAAUACCGUGAUGUUAUCGACGAGAAGAAUCGUUUGUAUGGAAAUGUAGAUACCGCCUUUGAUUAUAAAAAGGCACCACCUCGUGGUCGUUUGGAAGGCACCAGAGAUUUAACCGAUAAGCCCACAUACACAAAAUACUAUGACGGCUGCAAUGAUCCAUAUGCAUGGUAGUUACGGUUAUUUCGUUAAUUAAUAUUGAUUUUAGUGUUCUAAUGCAUUUUAUUUAUCAUAAUAAAUGGAAAUGAAAUCGAGUA